GGUAUUGCUGCUGCGUUGAGCACCAGAUUAUCGUCCCCACCGCGCUUGUCCGCGCCUUCCGCUCUCUCGACGAGAUGCCCGCGAAGUACUCUCACACAAAGAAGCGACCACCGCCGAAGAGGUCUUCAAGAAAGGAAAGCGGAAGUGCGAACACACAGCGUGCGCAUGACCGCGACCACGGCCAUGGGCACAACCACGAGCACAAGAAUCCCACUCCCCACCCGGGCCGCAGCGUCUGGCAACCUCCCGCGGGCUCCGCUGAACUUGAACGCACCAUCUCGCGCAUUAUCCUCAUCCGCUAUGAGCAGGACAUUGCACGCCUGUUCUCAACCCACUUGUACAAGGUCGCUCUCACGCACCUCCCCACGUUCGUGCUCCGGUGCAUUACCGUAGGUGGGCCGAGCUGGGUCGCGGCCAACGCCGACUGCGACGAGAUCAAGAAUUUCUUCCGCGGAGCUAUCGCUAUGGACUUGCGACAAGCUGGCGAACGUGUGGCGACCAAGAGCGUGCUCUGGACAUAUACCGCGCUAAGGCACUUCGCCAAGUCAAAUGGCAUUCUAAUCUGCCAACGGCGUGGCCUCCACUCACACGACCUCAUCCCGCACCACCCCGCCCUCGCCGCUCACCUCUCCCUCCUCGAGUCCGCUCACCCGCCCCCCUUUGCCAAGCCCCCGCACCUCGGGCCCCUAACCGAAGGUAUCCGCGCCCUCACACAUGCUGCACACGACAGCGGCCGCGGGUCCGACCUCGAGUGGCAAGCGCGGCUGAAGGAGGGGUACGAGCGCGCGUGCGCGACGCUCUGGCGUGUAGCGAACGAGUUCGACGUGCGGGGGUACGGGCUGGUGUUGAAGGAAAAGCUGAUGGGGAAGUGGUGCGAGUGCGGAUGCUCGACGGACCAUCUGGCGGAGGUCUGCGAGCCGACGGUCAGGGCGGAGGAGGAGGAGAGCGGUGUAAGGGCGGGGAAGGAGCGCGAGUGGGAUGGGCGAGGUUCUGGGGUGGAGGGUUGGGGCAUGGAUGAAGAGGAGGACUUAUGGGACGCGGAGCUCGAUCAUGUCAGAGUGGACCCGGAGAGGAAGUCCAAAGGGCCAGACGAGGACGAGGACAUUACAGCGGGCGAGCUCAUGGAAUGGAGGUACAUGUGCGCGGAGCGAGAGAAGGACCAGGGGAACUCGGCGUUCAAGAAAGGUGACUAUAACAAGGCGAUCACCCAUUACAACAACGCAUAUCAAAUUGAGCCGGAGCUGCCGCAUUACCAGCUCAAUCUCGCCGCGGCGUAUCUGAAGUUGAACAACUUCGUGGAAGCGGAAAAGGCGUGCGGUAUCGCGCUUGGUCAGCAUAGUAGUGUCAAAGGUCAUUGGCGAAGAGCUCAAGCUCGAAAGGCUCAAGGGCGGAUGGAGGAGGCUCUCACAGACUUGCGAACCGUGCUCGAACUGCAGCCCUCGAAUGCCGAGGCCCUCGCAGAUAUAAUCGCGAUAUGUCCUUCAGAACCUCCAGCGACGGACAAGCCCGCGGCCUCGUCUUCUUCCUCAUCAUACCAGCCUUUUCAACCCGCAUCAGCCGCCCCCUCUCACCUCUCGCUUUGGCUUCCGAAGCACGACCCUCCCGCCCCUCUCCCCUUCCAGCGUCUCAUGACAGAUGACCGAAAGCUCAAGAUCUCAUCCAUCCCCAUCACUCUCGACAUUCCCCCGGACUUUGCGUCUUUCGCCGCGUCUGCAGGUGUGAAAGGCGGCAGUACUCUCGGGGCGUCGGGGCCGUCGGGAACAAACACGUUCCAGUACAUGUCCUGGGAACGGUAUAUGGUGCGGAAAAUAUCGGACUGAGGUAGGAGCUCGUACCUUGUGCUCCAAAUCUUGCCCGAAAG